UGCUUCCGUGUUCCAUCGAGAGGAGCUCGGCUCACGUUGCCGGCUGAAAAUCGAGUUUUCGCCCUUUCUCUCGGCGCGUAAGUAAUCGCAUCGCAUUCGUCAAUUGUUUAUUAACUUAAGGGGAGAAUUCGGAUGCGAGAAAACAGUGUCGGCUCGACAAUUACGGAUCGGGACUCGUCAAGCGCAAAGGAAAGUCGACUCGAUGACGUCCGAGCUAUCCGUGUAUAGAGAGUAAUGCCAGCAGCAUAAGCUGGUAGCACGUGCGCGCUGCCGAUCCCGCCUACCACGGCCAAUAAGUAAUUGAAAGCUGUCUCUUAAUAUACUGCCUUCGCUGGCGUAUAUACAUUGCUGCUGAUUGUCCGGCUCAAUUGGUAAAAUCGAAUUCCCUGCAGUUCGAGCGAAAGUGAGAGAGCGAGGCAGCGAUGCCGGCUCCGAGCACGAUGAAGCCGUCGCAGACGAGACAGAUCUUCCAGGAGGACAUCCGGUGGCUCGAGGACAUGCCGCCCGGAGGUGAGCUUCUCAAGUAUCGAGCCUCCGCCUCGUUUUGCUGGAAGCGACUGAGGAUCGUUCUCGAGGACCCGGACAAAAUCCGACUCAAGAUGCGACUCUGGAAGGCGAUGGAGGCCGACCCAGAGUUCCACCCGACGAAUGGCGUGACUCCGUCGGCCGACGAGCAAAAGAGACGAGCUGCCCGACAGCUGUCUCGACUUCAUCACCAGAAGCUUCUGCCUGGAAAUAUAAGUCAGUUGAACUAUCGAAUUAAGGUAAUUUCGACAGGAUUCAUGAUGACUCUGAACGAAGCUACUUGCAUGCUCGAUCCGAAUCUGUCCGUGAAAAUCGCCCUCGGGGUCUACCUGUUCGGCAACACGAUUCUGAGCUUGGGUACCGAGCGUCAUCAUCCGAUUUUCCACGCGGUUUGGAAUAAACAGCUGCUGGGCUGCUUCGCUCUUACGGAAGUCGGUCACGGAAGCAACACAAAGAUGAUGCGCACCACGGCCACGUACGAUCCCAAGACCCAGAGCUUCAUGCUCCACACGCCGGAUUUUCAGGCCGCCAAGUGUUGGGUCGGCAACCUCGGUAAAACUGCCACGGUGGCCAUUGUGUUUGCCAAGCUGAUGGCUCAGCAAACCUGUCACGGUCUUCACGCGUUCAUCGUCCCCGUGAGAGACCCGAAGACCUAUCUUACUUACCCAGGCGUGAUAAUAGGCGACCUUGGCGAGAAGAACGGACUCAAUGGCAUCGACAACGGUUACAUAAUGUUCAAUAGCUACAGGAUACCAAAGGAGAACUUGCUGAACCGAACGGGCGACGUCACGCCCGAGGGGGAGUUUGAGAGUUCUUUCUCGGACCCUCAACGAAUUUUAGGCGCCGUUCUGGAAAACUUGUCUGCUGGUCGAAUGGGUAUUUGCCAAGAGUCGACUAACAGACUCGGAGCUGCCGCAGUUAUAGCUAUCCGUUACGCCGCAGUAAGGAAGCAGUUUUCUACUUCGCAUUCGUCGGCCAAUGAGGAAACUCCAAUAAUCGAGUACGAACUUCAUCAAUGGAGACUCUUCCCUUACUUGGCAGCAGCCUGUGUAUUUAGACUGUUUAUGUCGGAAUUCACGAAUGUAUAUUUGGAGAAUGUGCAGAAGUCGAUGGAAGGAGCGAAUAUUCCGAAUCUCAGUCAAAUCGUUUCUGAGAUUCACUCUAUAGUAUCGGCAAUCAAGCCAUUGAUCACGUGGACGUGUCGAGAUGCGAUAAGGGAGUGCAGAGAGGCAUGCGGAGGACAUGGGUAUCAUAAAGCCGCGGCAUUGGGGGACAUGGCUGUCAAUCACGAACCUACGGUCACUUACGAAGGCGACAACAAUGUACUAGUACAACAGACCAGUAACUGGAUCCUGCGACAGUGGAAUGACCUGCAAGGUGGUUCAACCAUAGUCAGCCCCUUGGCUUCGGUCAGAUUCCUGAUUGAAGGGCCUUCGAUCAUUCGUAAUAAAUUUGAUCCUAGAAGAAAAGCGAGGUUGACGAUGGAGUUCAUCAGAGAGGCUUACGAGUGGCUGAUAACGUGGCUGGUCAUUGAAACGCAGAGAAGAUACGAGGAAGAGGUGGCCAAGGGUGUAAGCAAUUUCACCGCCCGUAGUAAAUCUCAAGUAUAUAGAGCAGCUACUCUUUCCAGAGCUUACGCGGAGAUGAUCGUGUUAAAUUAUUGCACCGCUAGAAUAAACAAUUUACUACCUCCUAGUCAAGAAGCUAGGAGUCUGAAAAACGUACUUGAUAAGCUGGUAUUAAUGUAUUCCCUGACCUGUCUUGAAAAACACUUAUCCACAUUCUAUCAAGGUGGUUACUGCACUGGACCUCAAAUGGCUGACAUGGUAAAAGAAAAUAUCUUGAUUUUAUGUGAUGAGUUGAAACCCGAAGCUGUCGCAAUAGCUGAUGCUUUGGCACCGCCGGACUUUGUUUUAAAUUCGGUUUUGGGCAUGUCGGACGGAAAGGUUUAUGAACGACUGGAAGAAGCUUUCCGAUGCUAUCCAAGUGGAUCUGAACGAGCAGGCUGGUGGAAAGAACUUAUAGAAGUGGCAGAUAAGCCCUUGGACAUUCCUUUGUCGAAGCUUUGACAAACAAAUAAUUGUUAUGAUGAGUUUGAAAUUUAUCGAGUAUUGAAGUGAACAUGCAAAUGAACAAAACGUUAAAUAUCCGCUGAUAUCGCAACAAAUGCAAUGUACAGUACAAUCAUUUUUUAAUGCAAAAUCUAGCAUAUUUUGUAUACGUGUAUUAUUAAUUUUAUCAUUAUACUUAUUAAUAUUAUUACUACUAUACGUAUAUUAUUGAAUAUUAUUUUUCAUAUAAAACGUGGCUGUUUAAAACAAGUUUGAAAUAUUUAACUAUAAAAUGUAUUCUAUUUUUAUGAUCCGUUAAAUUUUGCCAAGCAAGUCUAAGAUAAAUUAUUUACUCGAAUGAAAAAUCCCAGAGUUUAAAAGCUUUAAUCAUUGGUAUAUAUGUAUAUUUUAAUAAAUAAUGUGCACCAAACAUAAGCGUUGACACUUACAAAUUACCAUUUGCGAGUUCAUGUUUUUGGUGAAAUUCUUCCUAUCGGCAGUCGAUGACGAGUGUAUGAACCAAUUAAAAUGAUAUUUGCUCGUG